AUGUCUAGCGAAUCCCCCUCCCCCGAACUUAAGCCCCAGGUCAAGGACCUCGAGGGCGUCCCCGAGCGAGUCGAUGACAGCUCCGCUCCGUCGCCUGAGCCGCCCAAAAAGCCCGUCAGGCAAAAGAAGAUUGCCGUUCUGACCAGUGGUGGUGACAGUGCUGGUAUGAAUGCUGCCGUCCGAGCUGUCGUGCGUCAAGCCAUCGCCCGUGGUUGCCAAGCCUUCAUCAUCCGUGAAGGCUGGGAAGGUCUCGUCCGAGGCAACACCAGCGACCCCACUCCCGCCCCCACCGCCCCUCAAACCCCCACUCUUGCCUCUACCAAGCGCUCCGUCUCCUUCACCUCCCUUCCCCCUUCGCAACAGAUCGACAAGCUCAGCUCUGGUCUCGAGCAAAAGGCCCAGUCUAACGGUGUCGCCGUGACCGAUCCCGAAGAUGUCUGCCCGCUCGAAAACACGUAUCUGAGUUUUGGCUACGGCCAGCUGUUGAGGGAUGGUGCGGGAGAAGGCGACAUUGAGGAGCUCGCUGCUCAUGGUGCCCAGGGAUUGGCUAUUGCCGACGCUGAAGACGAGCAGGGCAGGAGCUUGAAGGGCAAGUACAUUGUCAGAGUAGGAUGGGAUGAUGUGAGGGGAUGGCAGGGUGAGGGCGGUACUUUGAUCGGUUCUUCCCGAUGCCCAUCUUUCCGAACGCGUGAAGGUCGUCUCCAGGCUGCCGAGAACCUCAUCAGCUUUGGUAUCGACUGCCUUGCCGUCUGUGGUGGUGACGGAUCUUUGACGGGUGCCGACAAGCUCCGAGGCGAGUGGCCCAGCUUGGUCGAAGAGCUCUACGCCGACGGCCGUAUCAGCGAUGACCAACGCGAGGCGUACCAGCACCUCAACAUUGUCGGUCUCGUCGGCUCUAUCGACAACGACAUGGCCAUGACCGAUCUGACUAUCGGUGCUCUCACUGCCUUGCACCGAAUUUGUGAAUCUAUCGACUCUAUCUCCUCCACUGCCUCGUCCCACUCCCGUGCUUUCGUUAUCGAGGUCAUGGGCAGGCACUGUGGUUGGCUGGCCCUGCUCGCUGGUCUUGCGACUGGUGCUGAUUUCAUCUUUAUCCCCGAGGACCCUCCCAAGACUGAUGACUGGGAGAGUGAAAUGUGCCACGUUCUUGAGGCUCACCGAAAGGUCGGCAAGAGAAAGUCUAUCGUCAUUGUCGCCGAGGGCGCCCUCGACAAGAACCUCCAGCCCGUCAAGCCCGACUAUGUCAAGAAGAUUCUCGUCGAGCGACUCGGUCUCGACACCCGAGUCACCACCCUCGGUCACACCCAGCGAGGUGGUAAGCCCUGCGCUUACGACCGUAUUCUCCCCACCCUCCAGGGUGUGGAGGCCGUCCAGACUUUGCUCGACGCUACGCCCGAGACGCCUUCGUACAUGAUCGGUACCCAGGAGAACAAGAUCACCAAGAUUCCCUUGCUCGAGGCUGUCGCUCAGACUCAAGAAGUCGCUGCUGCUAUUGAGAACAGAGACUUUGCCAAGGCGAUGAGCUUUAGGGACUCUGAAUUCCAAGACAUGUUGAAGGCUUUCGCUAUCAGCAGUACGCUCGAUGUCAGCCAGGCGGCUCCCCGGGACAAGAGGUUGAGGAUUGGUAUCAUCCACGUUGGAGCUCCCGCUGGUGGUAUGAACGCUGCCACCCGUCAAGCUGUGCGAUUCUGCCACAACCGCGGCCACACCCCCGUCGCCAUCUACAACGGUUUCGAAGGUCUCCUCGAUGACAAUGUAUCCGAGCUCUCUUGGCUCCGAGUUGACUCUUGGACCACCCGAGGUGGUUCCGAGCUUGGUACCAACCGAUCGCUUCCCAGCAUCGAUAUCGGAUCCGUCGCCGCCGGCUUCCAGCGACACCAGCUCGAUGCCUUGCUCCUUAUCGGUGGCUUUGAGGCGUUCAACUCUGUCGUCCAGCUCGAACAGAACCGAGCCAACUAUCCCGCAUUCCAAAUCCCCAUCAUCCACCUCCCCGCUACCUUGUCCAACAAUGUACCGCUCACCGACUUUUCCCUCGGGUCCGACACCUCGCUUAAUGCGUUGGUGGAAGCGUCUGAUGCCAUCAAGCAGUCUGCGUCAGCCUCGAGGAACCGAGUGUUUGUCGUCGAGACUCAGGGCGGUAUGAGUGGGUACAUUGCGGCGAUGGGUGCUUUGGCUGUCGGUGCCGUGUUGGUGUACACACCAGAAGAUGGUGUCAGCUUGAAACUCUUGCAGGAGGAUGUUGAAUUCUUGAAGAAGAGGUACAACUUGGAUGAGAAGGGCAAGAGUGAGGGUCGAUUGGUCAUCAAGUCUGAGAAGGCUUCCAGCGUCUACACCACCGAAGUCCUCACCAAGAUCUUCCGUGAAGAAGGCAAGGACCUCUUUGACGCCCGAUCCGCCGCCCUCGGUCACACCCUCCAAGGUGGUGUCCCCUCCCCUCUCGACCGAACCCGUGCCGCCCGUCUUGCCCUCAAGUGCAUGCAAUUCCUCGAAGAGCACGCCGUCCCCAACGCCCAGUCUACCGCGCACCACAAGGCGAGGAGCGCGGGCAAGCCAGUGUACAGCAAGGGGACGGCGACAAUGAUUGCUAUCCGAGGAAGCAAGGUCGUUUACGCCACUAUGGAUGAGGUGUUGAAGGUGACGGAUAUGAAGUUGAGGAAGGGAACGGAUGAGUGGUGGGCAUAUGUCAAGCAAUUGGCCGAGACGAUGGGUGGUAGGACCGGUCUGAUGGCGAGGGAUUGA